AUGAAGAAGGAGACACGAUCUGCUCCAGGUAUUUGCUUUUGUCUCUGAUGAUGGCUUAGAGCAGGGAUCCGAAACGUCAGGCUUGUAAAGCUCUUGUCCCAACGAUCGUUUCUCCUUCUAGCCUGCUUCCUGGGACUCGUCUCUUCGCUUCUAUUGGCAAUGACCUACUGAUAUUUUUGAUCUAAUGCUACCUUCGGAGGUAACCGAACGCCUUUUCUGCCAAGAAUUCUAAGACGUUUAUCCACUUUGAACAGACUGUUUAAGCAUUCUCACCCCCCUGACUGGUGUAUUCAGACAUUCCCCAAAUGAAUGGUUCAAAAGAUGGCACAAAUUUGGUCUCAGAAAAGGUAACUUGCGCAGGGUCUAAUGCACGGUGCCGCGCUCUCUGGACGUCGAAACAGGGCGCAUGUGUCCUUCAUGAUGCCUACAACUGGAGUUACCUAAUGCAGAAAAUCUCAAUACUGGGAUUUUCGUUUAUUAAAUGGUUUAUCUUCUGUUUGAUCGCCUAGCGCGCAGUCAAAGAUGCCCUUCGGAGGGGAUAGCAGUCGGUUGCAAGAUGGCGAAUGAAAAAUUCCUCUCACUUAAAUGGAUUUUUUUCGACAUCUCGUCCAAGAUUGUCGUUUUUGUGGUUCCCGUGAUACAUCGCGGAUUGGAAUUUGAGUGAACAUUGUUAAAUCAUUCGGGGGUUAGUAUGGCCUCAAAAUAGGGAAAAAAAUGAAAAAGAAGUUCGUUGAACUCUAUUCCAGUCAAACAGGGAGAUACGGCCUGAGAACGGUGAGAGUUCGUCUACUUUGAACAGACUGUUUUUGAUACCGUAAACCUGACAGCUGCACACAGACAUUUCCCAAAUGAUUGGUUCAAAAGGUGUCACAAGUUUGGUCCCAGAAAUGGUGACUUUGUAGGGUCUUAUGCAUUUCCUGAGAGGGCGCGUUGGUGCGCUUUUUGUGUGUCAAAACAGGGCAUCUGUGUCCAUCAUGAUGCCUUCAAUAGGAGUUACCUAAUGCAGAACAUCUCAAAACUGGGACGUUUUUUAUGAAAUGUCUUGCCUUUAGUUGGAUCGCUUAACCUCCUUUGGCCUAGUGUGCAGUCGAAAAUGCCCUUUUUAGGGGAUAAUGUCAGUUUCCAGGGUUUAACGGCAUCAUGUGUCGGCCUAUGCGUGACCAUAUGUGGCCUCAGAUGGCAUUUGAAAUACGCACUAAGUCUGACAUUCUUCUAUGGUUUAAUUGGGAGAUGCAUCUACAUUGCGGACUUACAAACUGCAAUUGUCGCUUGUGUUAUGAAAUUACGUCUAUCGGAGCACUCACACAAAGAUGCCGAAGAUGCUGUUUUUAGAACAACGUCUCGUCAAAUGAAGCGAAGUAAUGUUGUGAGAGAGGAAAGCAAGAGCCGAGAUGCAGACGUCGUACCGUGUUUUGGAUCCGGCGGACGAAGUCUGUUUAAACUACUCCAGCAAACUCAACAUUAUUAAACGGUAAUAACGACAAACCAAAGGCACUGCCAAGUUUGCAGAAGGCAUUUGAGAAAAGAUAACGUCACAAACGGACACAGGUCCGGCGCUCAGUUCUACACUUUGACGUCUGUUUGUAGGCUGACAUGUGGAUGUGAAUGAAAGUUUCCAGUAUUCGAAGGGGACAGGUGGGGUGUGGGAAUGAGUGCCGUCCUUAUAGGAAGUAAUCGAGCAAAAAUUGUUGGAGUUAGGAGGCUUCUUAUGGGCUUCAAAUGGGAAUAGGUAUCAUCCUGAAAUUUGCUCUACGGCCACCUGACAUACCGGGAGAUACUUGGCCCGUGUCCACCUGAUAAACACUCUAAACAUGAUCACCAAAACUUAUAAAUGUGAAUUUACUUACCCCUUAGGGAAAUGUUUUAUGAAUGUUGAUUGAUUCGCCAUAAUCCCAGAACCUCAACUUGCAAGGCGGCCAGAGAGGUGUUGUGCAAAUAUUGUGACGCUGGAUGGUGCAGUAACUGAAGUUCGGAUCUUUAAUGGGUCCCCCGGUAUUCUUACUAACUGAACUCUUCUUAGCCAUGUCAUGCAACGGCAUACUACCGACAAAACGCAUGUUCGGCUUUCGUUUUAUUUCCCGUCUCACACGACAAAUAAAUCAAUAAAUGAAUACUACCGGUUAUAAAUCAGUAGCCUGUUUGUUUUACGCAUUUAUUCCUGACAUUAGCUUUGUUAUCCAAGUAUGCUUUCGGACCGAAAAUAAAAAACGUUAUUUCGAGAAAUCGAUCCAUUUUUAUGAAAAUUAAAAUGAUUCGCACGCAUGUUGUUUGACUGGUAAUAUCAGAAACCAAAACGCAUUAUGGAUCUACAAAAUCUUAGGGGUGUUGUGAGUAGUGUGGAUGUCCUGUUGUAAGACACUUCGACCGUCGUGACCGGAGAUGCACACAGCAGGGUGAGGACGGGGAUGGUAACUCGCACUCAUUUACUUUGUGGGAGCAGUAAAAUUGCUCAGCAUCUAUCGUACUCUCUUCUCCUGGUGAUUGGUUCUAGCCGGAAACCGAAACGUCAGGCUAAUAAAGCUCUUGGCCAGUGAUCGUGCCUCCUUCUUCAUCAAAUCUCUCGUCCUCAUCACCUAGGCCCCGUGUCACGGCAAGGAGAGAGACGGGUGGUGGAUGAAGGCGCAGGUGACUGCCAUGGUGAAAACCCGCAACUAGGCUUACCAACAUAUCCCGCUGUCCACAACGAACACUGAACGACUAGUGUUGGGGACGACUCGAACCUCGUUGAGGCCACAUUAAGGAGCAUUUGCAGUCUGGCACUGCAUUGGCCAGUCGACCAAUUCACUCAAACACACACCAGAACGACUGUGGGGUUAGAGGUAUCCCGUCAGUUGGCAGUCUUCCAACUCUCAGCCCUUGGCGAACAGUGAUAGCUUCAAGCGCGUCACAUUGCCUAUAAUGAGGAUAAUGCGCCGAGACCGUCGACCUUGUUCUCGCCUCCCACCCCCAGUCACAAGUCCACUUCCUGAGCCAACCAGAUGUCUGAUGCCAGAAGUAGGCCACACACGUAUGUCUCUCGAUUAACUAGAAGUUUUCAACUCAGUUAAUAUUGUUUGUGCUUUUCGCAAACUGGGAAGGGGUCAGUACGGAUGCACGGUAAACUAAAAUGGCCUCCCAGAAGCAAAUAACGGGUUGUCAUGCAGUCAUCAUAUGUCAUUGCUGGGGUGUAGGGGUGUCAGCGGUGGGUUAACGUAAUGGUCGUGGUGGUCGCUCACUUGCUUGCAGGUGACACUGCGCCUAGCGUCCACUUGCUGGCACUCAACUCUCACCUGUGGCUCCACGUAGCUGGGCUCUGCUCAGCGGCCACACCCCGGGCAACCGUCUCGACCGGCGGGCUAAACCAGGUGAGGGGGCCCUGUGCGCUGUGCCGUGUGCACAGGGUUUGCAGAUUCCGCUGGAUGGAAGGUCGGAUGGAACCUUGCGUCGGCACCGUCGUGACGUGGUUCGUCUCUGCACGUCGCUCGACAGCCGGUGACGGGAUGGAUCUCCAAAUCGACAUCGCCUUGACGCGCCCAACUUCUCCGACGGAGACCGCGGCUUACGGCGAAUUCGAGUCGCUCUCCACUACAACCCGAAGUCGUGGUCCCAUAGUGGAGUUCGGCCGUGCCACAACGGCACAUGGCAGCCCUAUUCAGGGAUGGCACUGCCAGCCCCCACGAGGGGAAGGGCCUAGAAAAGGUGGCCUAAACAUUGCUGGGUACCACGCCGUCUCCAGGCUAGCCAGGGCCGCAGACGUCUAAACAUGGUCGAAACAAUCAAAAUCGAAACAACAACAAUACCAAUAACAACAACAACAACCAUACUCAUUCUCCUCAUCCUACCUCUUCUUCCUCUACCUCCGUCUAUUCUUCUGCCUAUUCUUCUCCUUCGUCAUCUUCUUCUCCAUCUCCUUCCCGUCGCCCCACUCGUUGUCACCAGACUGGCAGGGUGAGCGCGCUCACUCUGGCAGCCUGGAAUGUUCGUUCCCUUUUAGACAAUCCGCGGAGCAACCGACCGGAGCGGAGGACGGCGCUAGUGGCACGAGAACUGGCGCGCUACAAGGUGGACAUCGCCGCACUCAGCGAGACCCGUUUCUCCGAACAAGGCCAACUGGAGGAGGUGGGUGCCGGCUACACCUUCUUCUGGAGCGGUCGACCGAGGGCAGAGCGCUGGGACGCGGGCGUCGCCUUCGCCAUUCGGACCGACAUCGUGGGACGACUGCCCUGUUUGCCGCAGGGCAUCAACGAUCGCCUGAUGAGCCUCCGCCUGCCUCUCUGGGGAGGGAAAUUCGCCACCAUCAUCAGCACCUACGCUCCGACGAUGACCAACCCCGACGCCGUCAGAGACAAAUUCUACGAGGACCUGCACGCCUUCUUGGCGACUGUGUCGAAGGCGGACAAGUUGAUUGUCCUUGGCGACUUCAACGCCCGCGUCGGCACAGACCAUACUGCCUGGAGAGGAGUGCUGGGUCCCCACGGUCUCCGCGGCUCAAACGAAAAUGGUCUGCUGCUUCUCCGCACCUGCGCAGAAAACCGCCUCAUGCUGACGAACACGUUCUUCUGUCUGCCGGAGCGAGAGAAGGCCACCUGGAGGCAUCCUCGGUCGCGCCAGUGGCACCUGCUGGACUAUGUCCUCGUCCGGAGGCGAGAUCAGCGGGACGUGCUGGUGACGAAGGCGAUCGCGGAUGCUGACGGGUGGACCGACCAUCGCCUCGUCAUCUCGAAGAUGCGUAUUCGCCUACAGCCUCGCAGGAGACCACAAGGUAAGCGACCCCCAGGUAAGCGACCCCCAGGUAAGCUGAAUGUUGCCUUGUUGUCUUUGCCCGCUCACCAUCUCCAUUUCAGCAAUGAGCUAGCUCAACGGCUAGACAACCUUCCUAUCGCUGCCGCCGACGACGCCGCCGCUGCCGAGAACGCCUCCGUGGAGAACCGCUGGUGUCAACUGCGAGACACGGUCCAGUCGACGGCGCUCGCCGUCCUCGAUCGCGCUCCCCACCAACACCAGGACUGGUUCGACGACAACGACGCCGCCAUCAGAAAUCUGCUAGCUGAGAAGAACCGCCUUCACAAAGCCUACGUAGACCACCCCACUGAUGCCACCAAAGCUGCCUUCUACCGCAGUCGCCGCCAACUUCAGCAACGACUGCGCCAGAUGCAGGACGCCUGGACUGCUCGCAAAGCUGAGGAGAUCCAAGGGUACGCGGACCGCAACGAAUGGAAGAACUUCUUCUCUGCGAUCAAAGCUGUCUACGGUCCGCCGACGAAGGGCACUGCUCCUCUCCUCAGCGCCGACGGCAACACUCUCCUGACUGAAAAGACGCAAAUCCUGCAGCGAUGGGCCGAGCAUUUUCGAGGCGUCCUCAACCGCCCCUCCGUCAUCUCCGCCGCCGCCAUCGAGCGCUUGCCGCAAGUGAAGACCAACGUGGACCUCGACCUCCCGCCAUCUCUCCAGGAAACGAUCAGGGCCGUGCAGCAGCUCUCCAGCGGGGAAGCACCCGGAUCGGACGCAAUCCCUGCUGAGGUCUACAAGCACGGAGGUCCCCUACUGAUGGAUCACCUGACUGCGUUCUUCCAAGAGAUGUGGCGUCAAGGUGAAGUCCCGCAAGAUUUCAAAGACGCAACCAUCGUGCAUCUCUACAAGCGCAAAGGGAAUCGCCAAGUCUGCGACAAUCACCGCGGCAUCUCCCUGCUGAACAUCGCCGGGAAGAUCUUCGCACGAAUCCUCCUCAACCGCCUCAAUAACCAUCUGGAACAGGGCCUUCUGCCGGAAAGCCAAUGCGGCUUCCGUUAUCAUCGUGGGACCACGGAUAUGAUCUUCGCCGCCCGUCAACUUCAGGAGAAGUGUCAGGAGAUGCGGACCCACCUGAACUCUACCUUCGUGGACCUGACGAAAGCCUUCGACACGGUGAAUCGUGAAGGACUGUGGAAGAUCAUGCAGAAAUUCGGCUGUCCGGAGAGAUUCACUCGGAUGGUGCGUCAGCUGCACGACGGUAUGAUGGCGCGAGUCACUGACAACGGAGCUGUCUCAGAGGCAUUCGCAGUGACCAAUGGAGUGAAGCAGGGCUGCGUACUGGCGCCUACCCUCUUCAGUCUUAUGUCCUCUGCCAUGCUGAUGGACGCCUACCGCGACGAACGCCCCGGGAUCCGCAUCGCCUACAGGACGGACGGUCACCUCCUGAAUCAACGACGGAUGCACUUCAAAUCGCGCGUAUCCACAACCACCAUGCACGAACUCCUCUUCGCCGACGACUGCGCCCUGAACACCACCUCGGAAGAGGAGAUGCAACGGAGCAUGGACCUGUUCUCCGCCGCCUGCGAGAACUUCGGUCUGGUCAUCAACACACAGAAGACGGUGGUGAUGCACCAACCGCCACCCAACUCGGCUACAGCCUCCAACGCGCCGCCGCAAAUCAGCGUGAAUGGGAUCCACCUGCAAGUGGUGGAGAACUUCCCGUACCUGGGCAGUACUCUCUCCCGCAACACCAAGAUCGACGACGAAGUCGCCAACAGGAUCUCGAAAGCCAGUCAAGCCUUCGGUCGCCUCCAAAACACAGUUUGGAAUCGUCAUGGUCUCCAACUGAGCACGAAGCUGAAGAUGUACAAGGCCGUCAUGCUGCCGACGCUACUGUAUGGAGCGGAGACUUGGACGGUGUACGCAAAGCAGGCACGUCGUCUGAACCACUUCCACCUCAGUUGUCUUCGUCGCAUCCUGAGGCUGAAGUGGCAGGAUCGAAUCCCCGACACUGAUAUGCUGGAACGGACGGGAAUCCUCAGCAUCUACGCCAUACUGAGGCAAAUUCAGCUGCGCUGGAGCGGCCACCUGGUGCGCAUGGACGACGAGCGACUACCCAAACGACUCUUCUACGGAGACGUCGCGACGGGUUCUCGCCGUCAAGGAGGCCCAAUUCGUCGAUACAAGGAUACCCUGAAGUCCUCCCUGAAAUGCCUGCAAAUCAACCCCACCAACUGGGAGGAGCUCGCACUCGAUCAACCGACCUGGAGGAGGACAGUAAAGACAGGCGCUGCGAUCUACGAAGCCAACCGCAUCGCUGCCGCCAAAGCGAAACGUGAAGCCCGCAAAUCACAACUUCGCCCAGUAUGCAACGCCGCCGCACAACCGAUUCCAACGUGUCCUCGAUGUCAACGGACAUUCCGGGCUCGAAUCGGACUUGUUGGACAUCUUCGGAUUAACUGCGCCUCUCGAACGGCACCAACCAUCGUCCCCCCGCCUGCCUCUUCCUCCUCCUCUCCGCCGCCAACUAACCCACCACUUCCAUCAUCCUCCUCCUCCUCCUUCUCAUCCUCCUCCUCCUCCUCCUCCUCCUCCUCGCCCACUGCUCCAGCGGCAGCCGCUCAGGCGACUGUCCCACGCACAGCAACCGACACUACCACCAACUUCCCCGACUCCAGGGAUGAGGAUCAGGACUACACCUGCCCUCACUGCGACCGUACUUUCACCUCACACAUCGGCCUGGUCAGUCACUUGCGAAUCCAUCGCACAGAGCCUGGCGAACCAGUGCCUGGAGCACUAACCUACACCCACCGCACUCGCCUCCACUGCCCACACUGCCCUCGCACCUCCACGCAUCGCAUGGGCCUUUUCGGCCACAUGCGCAUCCACGAGAGCGGCCUUGACCGCACUCCCGACACACCCACUACAUCCAACACAUCCACCGUGCACACCCCCACUCUCGUUCCAUCCGUCCGCGACACCACCACCACCACCACCGCCUCCUCUGUAGCUGACACUGACACCGCCGACUUCUCAUGCCCACACUGUCCACGCACAUUCACCUCACGCAUCGGCCUGGUCGGUCACUUGCGAAUCCAUCGCACAGAGACUGGCGAACCAGUGCCUGGAGCACCCACCUAUACCCACCAAGCUCGUCUCAACUUCCCACACUGUCCUCGCACCUUCAGGCAUCGCAUGAGCCUAUUCGGCCACAUGCGCAUCCACAACGACCUGCGGUAG